GGAAUGUGCACUCUCAACGAAAAUAUUCUGUGCAUCGCGUUGUAUAACAAUCAACACGGACGAUUUGUUAAACACACGCAUUUAACAUUGAAAGAAUACUUUUAGGCACUCCAGCCCUCUAAUGACUUAAACCUUUGUAUAUCGACCGCUAAAAGUGGAGGAGCCAAAACAAUAAUAAAAUCAAUUAAUAACAAAAUAUUAAACCAUGAUAUCAUCUGAAUAUUUUUUUUUUUUUUCAAUUAGGCGAAAUAUUAGCAAAAACUUCUCGUUUUUUUCGAAAAGCUUUCCGUGACUAUGAUUCCAGUCCCUCAGGUCAACUGAAAGCAUAAAACCAAACAAAUUUCGUUAGUAUGUGGUGUCCUUAAACGAUUCAUUGAAAUGAGAAAUUUUUUUCCUGCAAACUGCGACGAUUUACUCAAAAAGGCUACUUUUUUCAUCUGAUGAAAUGUAUUUAAAAAUUCAUAACAUCGAUAUGAAAAUUUAAACGAAAUUAGAAAUUUUUCAAGGACACGGCAAAUAAAUUACGAUCAGUUAAUAAAACGGUUAAAACUCUUUUGGCAAUCCAAGUCACCGCAACGACGUUUUCGGAAAAGCAUGAUUUCGAGAUAAUCGUGUUUAAAGUUUCAAAUACAUUUUUGUCUAGUGUAGCGGAGCAAAAUGCAAAACGCUAUAACUUUGCUUCUACUGCUUAAAUCUGGAUAGAAUUUUGAGAUAACAUUCUUAUACUUUAAGAUAAAAGAAUAAAAAACAUAUAUAACCCCUUAAACAAGUCCCAAUUUCGCAUUCAUUUAUUUAACAAAGCCUAUUUAAACAUCAAAUUGCAUCCAAUUUCGGUGCGAUGCAGUCAGAGUCUUAGUAGAAAAGUCCGUGGAUUUAUGUUUUAAGCAGAUAAUAUUUAAUUGUGCUGCGUAUACACACCUUUAACUCAAGUAACCGAAAUAAACAGAUAUAUGAUUAUAUAUGAGGUGGGAAAAUCAAUACACUACUGAAAUAGUUUGUUAAUCAGAUGCAAAAAUGUUUCCAAUAACUGCACACGAAAAUUUGCAACACUUGAGACAUAAGCCGAUAUGGAUACUUUUUCUGCUGACUUUCUUCAUUAUUGCUAUGGGUAAGACAGCAAACGCGACCACCGAAAAUGAACAAACAACAACUCCAGAACCAGAUGCUUCACCAGGCUGUAAGGCGCCUGAUAUACGCUUUACAGUCAUACGACCGGAAACAACCACUGAGCAGCCAUAUGCGAAAUUUGAGACAACUCAGAUAUAUUUGCCAGAAGACUUUACAACGUCCGAUGCGGAGUUUGUCGAAAGGAUUAAUAUUGACCUGACCGCCCGUCAGCCUGGUGUCAAAGACAAUAAGAUGAGCGCUAUCGUUAAUCCCUACCAAGUCGAUCUGGAUGACCAGCACGGCCUGGCAGGGGUGCACGGUGAUGACACACUCGCCGCCAUCGACGACGAGGAGGACGAGGCGGAAGAGUCCGAAGAUGGCACACCCAAACGUAACCAGAAUCGGAAAUUAAACAAGAAGCGACGUUCUGGAUCGGGGCGUCGUCGUCGCAUUGAAAACGAAAAUGGACAAACACGUGGCCGUGGCAGUCGAUACAAGCGUCAGGUGAUCCACCAUGAUCCCGAUGCCUCUCCCGAUACGGACAAAUGGAGCGGUGGUAAAUUGGCCGCGGAAGGCGAUGUUUACUAUGUGCAUAUUGAUGAUAUUCUAGAGUCGGGCACACCCAACGCCGAGCUCCGGUUAAAGUUGCAUAAAUUGAAGGGCAAAAACAAGACAAAGAAUUCCACAUGCACUGACGCCGGAACCAAAGAGCAGUGCAAGCAGGGUUUAGCGAAGAAGAAAAAGAAAAAAGCAAGCUACACCACCUUAUCGAAGCAGAUUGUAGACAAUAAGCCAGUGCAAAAUAAAGAACCCAAUGCAAAGCAUUAUCGUAGACGAGGUGAUAGUCACGAAGGAAAACGAGGUGAACAACUUAUGCUGAAUGAAGAGUUGAACCCGAACCAACGUUAUCGACGCGCAGCCUUAGGAGCAUUGAAGCAGAAACCCGAUAUGACUGUGAAAGCUUCGGGCAGCUACAACGAUUUGGAAGCGAACGUAAAUGCGGCAGAAAAUAGCGACUUGGAAGCGAAAAGAAUUGGACGCGAUCAUAAUAAAACUAUCAAAAAUACAUUUAAUAAAAUGACUGAUGAGCAGCUGCUGGACGAUAGCGAUGUGCCGGCGGUGUAUGGCAAUGAGACGGGCGCAGAGGCGCUGCAGCGCGUCAAACGCAAGUCCGGCAAGACAACCGGCGCAUUGAGUCGUCCCAAGGGCGGCGGAGAUUCCAGCUCAAAGACCACAAGUCGCAAAGAUAAAGGUAUUUACGAUGAAGAAGGAGGUUAUGCCCCUGUACAUCCUGACGAAACCGAUGAAGAAGAGGAGGAGGAGGAAGAGGAAGAAAUUGAUAUUCAACAGCAAUUCACUGAAGUUUCUGAAAUACGUUUCCCGGGCGAAAUCGGACCAUUGGGCGAUAGGCGAUUAUGUAAAAUACGUUGCGUCAAAGGAAAAUGGGUCGGUCCCUUAUGCGCCACCAAUGAGGAGGACGAUAAUGGAAAUGUGAAAUUUCAGCCUCUGUACAAGAGUUGCCAUGUGAAUCGAAUUCCGCCGCAUUUGCUAUUGAGCUAUCGAAAUAUUUCAGUGACCCCGAUACCGUCCAUAAGAGGGUCGCGUCGCAAUCGAACUUCCAAAUCGACUUUUAUUUCCAAUACACAAAUUAAUGUUGGCUGGGACUUGCCACAUGGACACUCAUUACAGGCACGCUGCAAAGAUCUGGGCAUGUAUAAGCUUCUCGGAGAAUCUCGUGUGCUCUGCUCAAACGGGCUCUGGGCACCGCGAAUGCCAUCCUGUGUACCCACAACAUUACUUACAAAUUUUUCCGAUGACAGCGCGCCAUCUAUUCGCAUCAAGGUUUUCAAUGGCUCUGGAGCAUUCGAGCCAUCUGGGGUACUGGCCGUACUGCCGCAGAGUUCAAUCUUAUUGGAUUGCAUGUAUCCACGGGUGCGGGGCAUCCCCGAUUGGACAUGGACCAGUUGGUACAGGCAGUAUAUAACAGGCUGGUCACACGAAGACAAGAAUCUACGAUAUCGCUUGACAAUUAAGGACAUACAAAACAGCGAUUCGGGCACAUUUACUUGCACUUCACCACGGGGCUUGACUAAUAGCAUUGCAAUUGUUGUGGCCACCUCGACAUGUCCGCAGCUACCAGAACCGGUGUCGCCGCUCACGCUACGCUUGGAGGGUAAUAAGCUCGGACAGCGCGCCAUGUAUCGCUGCCCUCCAGGUUAUCGCAUCGAUGGUGUUGCGAAUGCAACGUGCUUGGCCUCGGGUAAUUGGUCAUCGCCGCCGCCCACUUGUCAGGCUGUGCAGUGUCCCCGUUUGGCUUUGGACGAUCCACAUUUGAGUUUGAUCGAGCUAAAUACGUCGGCGUGGGGGCGGGCGAUGUUCAAAUGCCAAUGGGGCUUCAAGCUGACCGGCCCGCCGAGACUGGACUGUGAGCCGACGGGUGUGUGGAGUGGCCCAGUACCGCGUUGUAAAGCCAUCCAAUGUUCGACGCCGGUGGCGCCGCUAAAUGGACGCAUAGGCGGCACCAAUUUGAAUCAGCGCCGUCUCACCGUGGGCGCAUUGGUCACAUUCAGCUGCAACGAGGGGCACACGCUGGUCGGCGAGCCAAGCAUCAUUUGCACCGAAACUGGACUCUGGUCGCAUCCGCCACCAUUUUGCAAAUCGCAAUGCCCUUAUCCCGGCGAUCCAUCAAAUGGUUUAAUAGCGCCGCUCAAAUUCAAUUACGAUUCCGGCGAUUACCUGAGUGUCCAGUGUCGGCCUGGUUUUGUGCAGUACAGCGAGAAUGGUCCGCCGGAGCGUCCAAAAUGUCAACCGGAUGGAAAUUGGUCCGGACCGGUACCUAAGUGCCGCAGCUAUGAGGAAGUGUAGCUAAUCAAAAUGGCGGACAUGAUGAUGCCGGAGUCAUCUGACGAGUCCACACAACUGCAGCAACACCAAAACAGCAUGCUUCGUUAUUAGCAACAGAACACAAGCUUAAAGGCCUUCAAGUAGAGGGUAAGAGGCAGAAACGUAGCAUCAAACUUAUGAAUAUGUAUGGCCAUAAUCAACGAAGCUGCAUAAAUAGUAGACAAAAAUUUAUGGAGACCCAAACAGCAGCACAUACACGCACACACAUCGUAUCAUGUAUGGUAUAGUGUACCUUGGGGUAAACGGUUGGGACAAAUACGAUGCUCACACACACGCACACAUAAUAUACACGUAUGGUCCACAAACAUCUAUUUGAAAUCCACAAAUUACUCUGCAGGAAAUGAACUACUUCGAAAUUGUUUAAGCAUUGGCUUUUUGAGAAAAAUUACUUUGAUAUAAAUUAAAUAGUUUCACCUUCUUCUAUAUUUAUAAUAAUAAACCUAAAGUAAAAUUCCAAUACGCUCGUUUUAUGGGCAUGUGUUUAUGUGUAAUUCGCAAUAUUGCUACACUAGAGUGUUGUAAAAUUCAACUGAAGGGUAAUAAAUGUAAAAUCACAGAAGUUAUCCGCUAAAUUCUUUAGUGUUUUCAAAAAUGUGCAUUGAGUGAAAUUUUAACAAGUUCUUGAUGUGUUUAUAAAAUAAUGACUUACAUUCGAAAUAUUAUAUUGCUAUUUUGUAUUUUAAAACUUCAAAAGAUCGCUUCUCUAAAUUUCUAUAUUUUGUGGUUGAUAUUUAAUGGGAGCAUAAAUCAAAUACGGAUGGUAAUGAAUUGAAAUAAAUCGAGAGCACAAAUUUUGCUAUAAAAAUUGUAUUCUAAAAUUAUUAUUAGCUGUAAUUGCAAACUGAAGUUCUUGUUAAAACAUUUCCUGCAGGGUACGAAUUUCAAUCGAAAUAGGUACACAAUUAGUGAACUGUAUAAGUUUUAAUUACAAACCAACAUACUACAACAAUUAUGUAUACAGCUAUGUAAUAUAAUAUUGUUUGUUGCGAAUGAUAAAUAUACAGCACAAAAUAUUUAUAAAUCUUCAGUGAGCGCGUUAACUGAUAAAAAAAAUAAAAAUUUUAAAAUGUAUCUGUGUAUUUGUAAAAAAGCUAGGCGUUUAGUGCAGAGUUAUAUAAUUUGGAGGAAAUGUUAAUUCUUGCAAAGAAACAAUUUUUUGCUCUAGUGUAUUAAAGAGUAUUUACUAGGAUAAGCGUUGUUAAAAUUUAAAGUAAAAAUUAUUAAAAACUUAUAUUUAAAAACGGGUAAUUGCUGAUAUAUUUACAACACCUUAAAUCGUAUGAAAUCAGAAAAAGGUUAAAUAUAUGUACGUAUAUUAAUUUGGAAUAUAGUAUCCGUAUAUUGUGCAACAUUUGUGCUUUUCAUUAUUGGCCUACAAGGUGCUCAUAAAAAUACAUAUUCUGUCUCUUAAUAUAUUGUAUAAUAAAUCUAAAUUGCAAAGAGAACUUCCAAUUAAUGAAACUCCAAUAAAAUGAAGCGAAAAAAUAAGCUUUAAUGCUCUAGUGAACUAGUUCGACUGAAGAUAUCAUUUCUAAUUCAAUAAAUAAUAAUUAUCAGUAGCAAUACCACUGAGUUCACGUGUUUAGGUUAACUCUCAACAGUAAAAUAUUACAAAAGUGAUUUACGAAAACUUGAAAUGAAUUACGAGCAAAACCCAAACGAAACUGCAAAUAUUCAAUUUAUAAUUUAAUUAAUUUAAUAAUGAAUAAGAGUAUUGUUGCAAUAAGCAGUUAGUAGGCUUAUGCGUACAUAUAAAUAUAGCAGUCAUAUAUAUCACAUAUGUAUGUAUGCACAUAUGAAACUUCCAAAUACUGCUUUUGAGUGCUACAAGUUGACCGCAAACUCAUAUUUCAGCUACUUAAAUUUAAAUCUGCACGAAUUAGUAAGUUUUCCUUUCUCUCGAACACUAAACGAUUAUAUUAUAUAAAUAAAUAUCUACUUAUAUACACAUAUAUAUACAUAUAUAUAUAUAUAUAUAUAAGAUAUAACAGUUAAAUUGUCCAAAUAAAAAUGAUAUAUUGUACUGUAAAAUACACAUUUAAGCUUAUUUAUGUAUGUAUGUAAGUUAUGCGAAAACGACGGAGAAUUGAAAAAGUAUGUGAUCAUUUAAAGGCAAAAGUAUUUAAAAAGUAAUAACAAUGUAUUGUAAUAGAAAGUUAAAAUGAAUUAUAGCGAAACGAAUACAUAUUGAAAAUAAAGUGCAUAUCUGAGGGAAGUGAAAGGAGAA